AUGGAGAGCAAGAACAUCUUCUUUUCAAGUCUUGAAGAGACCUCAGAGGAAGUUGUUAUUGGAAUUGAUGAGGCUGGGAGAGGCCCUGUGAUUGGGUAUAUGGUGUAUGGGGCCCUGGUAGCCCCAAAGAGUGCUCUGGAAGCCACGGGAUUCAGAGACUCGAAAGUUCUGACGCCUGCACAAAGGCACUGCUUCUUUCAAAUGAUAAAAGAAAAAGGAUUUGGAUAUAUCUAUCACUGCACUCAUCCCGACUAUAUUACAGAAAUGAUGCAGCUUAGGUCCACUACUCUGGAUAGGAUAUCGAUUGCUUCUGUUUUCCAGAUUCUUGACGAAAUAAAAACCAAGUGCAAGAAGGUGGAAGCUGUCUAUGUGGACACACUUGGGGACUGUGAAAAGUACAAAUCCAAGCUGAAUGCAAGCUAUCCGUACAGAUUUGUGGUUGAGAAGAAGGCAGACUCGAAGUUCCAGGUUGUCUCAGGGGCUAGCAUAGUUGCUAAGGUUCAGAGGGACGUGCUGAUUUCGGAAUUUGGAAAUGAUCUUGGGUCUGGAUACCCAAGCGAUCCCGACACAGUUGAAUGGCUCAAAAGAAAUGCAAAUGUAGUUUUUGGGUUCCCGCCUGGAGUUAGGUAUUCGUGGAGCACAGCUAAAAAGAUCCUCGGAGAAAGAAAGUCAAAGCCGCUCAAGGGGAUUUUGAGUGGAUUCUAUUUUGAUAGCACUUGA